UACGAGCAUUAUGAAAAUUUAAAUAAAAAAAAAAUUAUAAAGAAUCGCAUCACAAGCUUGAAAAAUAAUAAUGUUAUAGAGAAAAAAAAUUACAGCUUUAUUUUUUUUGAAAAUAAUUAUAAAGUUCAGCUUUAGAAGUUCAUAACAAUGGUAAAACUUGAUAGGAUGAAAUUUUGACCAAAUUAUUGAAAAUUUAUCUGGAGGAUUUUAAAAAAAAUGUACAACAUUUUUUUAGACCCACAUUUUUGUGUAAAAACAUUAAUUUUACAAAUGCUAAAAUUACGGCUGAAAUAUUUUAGGUAAAGCAAAACUAAUGCAUACUCAGAAUCGACGUCAAAAAUCCUAUAGGAAUCAUUAAAAAAUUCACUAAAACAAAACAUGACUCAAAUUUUGUUGAGCUGUUUAAUAAUUAUGAGAGGUGUAAUCUGAGCGACCCAGCGAUAAACUCUUGUCUUAAAAAUGCACUUACCAAAUCAUUUCCGUAUAUGGCGAAAGGAGUUCCAAGUCUUAAAUUAUUUCCUUAUGAUCCAAUGAAAAUAUCAUUAAUAGAAAUUAACCACGAUAACAAUCGCGCUGUUCAAGUUAAUUUGAAGGUUAAAGACGUAGAAACCAUAAAUAUGUUGUCCUCGACUGAAAUAACGGAUUUUAAGGUUGAUGUAAAGAAUUUGAGUGCUUCUAUAUCUUUAUUUAUGAAAGGACCUGUGUUGCAAAAAGGUACAUACUAUGUCAAUGGAAAAAUAUUAGCUUUACCGAUCGUGGGAAACGGUCCAUUUAGCUUAAAAAUUGAGGAUAUAAAUGCCUAUAUUAAACUCUAUAUGAAAAAAAUUGUUAAAAAUAAAAAAGAGUACUUAAAACCUGAAAACAUAUCAUGGAAUUAUUCUAAUAAAAAAUUGUCUAUAAAGAUGGAUAACCUGUUUAAUGGAAAUAAAGCACUUGGAGAUAACAUGAACGUUUUUAUGAAUGAAAAUUGGCCGGAGCUAGGAAAAGAUUUUCAACCUGCCUUAGAACAAGUUUUGGUUUCGGCACUUUUUGAGUAUACUAGUCAAUUUUUUGGACGGGUGUCAAUGGAAGAACUAUUUAUUGAAUAGAUUUAUUUAUUAAUUGAAUGUAUUUUUAUGGAUUAAUAAUUUAUUUCAUGAAAAUAGUAUCAUAAAUUAUAUUUUGUAACAUUAUAAUAUAAAAAAUUAUUUAAGGACUUCAAAAUAAAUAGAAGGACUUAAUAUCA